AUGGACUCAAGUACGGCAAAGAGGAGAAAGCUCAGCCACGGCGGCGCAGGUCCGUCGCUGCAUGUCGGCGUGGCUCCCACCUCUGCCUCGAGCGCAUUCGUCGAAGCUACUCAAGAGCUGGUCCAUGAAGUCCAAAUUGACUACCCCCAGGCUUUCGAUGGCGUUGACCAGACGCUACACAAAUUCAAGAACGCCAUCGAGGCCAUCGAGUCUCACGAUCCCGAACUCAUUGGUACCCUCACUUCUCAGUUCGAGAAGGAUGAGAAGAAUGGCAAGAUCAAGAUCCCGUAUCCCAGCCCCAAGCCGGGCAAGGACUCGCAAUACAAGCUUGCCUUUGCCAAGCCGGCUGCUUUCAACGUUGUUGGCUCCUACCAGCUCAGAACCAUGGUCAAGUCUCAAACCGAGUUUGGCGUUGACAUGAUUGUCGUCAUGCCCAAAUCCUUGUUCCAGGAAAAGGAUUUUCGGGAUCGUCGUUAUUUCACCAAGCGGGCUUAUUAUCUUGCCAAGAUCACGGCUGCCCUUCGUAACAACUUCAAGGCCGAUUUUGAUUUUUCGUUUCAUUUUCUUCAUGGCAACAGCCUACUGCCUGUUUUGUCGGUGCGCCCGAAAUCCAGCAAGUCAGAUGUCAAGAAGAACUACAUGAUUCGCAUGAUACCCUGUGCCGAGCCAGAUAUUUUUCCCUCGUCCAAGCUUCUGCCCGCCAGCAACACGCAUAAGGACUCGACAGCGCCUACGCCGUUUUAUAAUUCGACGCUGAGGGCCGAGAGUCUCUUCCUAUCCUACCUUCAGCUCGUCAACGGAGCAGCAAAGACUUGUGGCGCUUACAAAGAGGCAUGCAUGUUAGGGAGGGUUUGGCUUCAGCAGCGCGGGCUAGAUUCGACACUGUCUGGAGGUGGCUUUGGUCACUUUGAAUGGGCGGUUUUGGCCGCACUUCUGCUGAAGUCUGGGGGCCGCAAAGGCGAGCCCAUACUAUCCAGCUCUCUCAAUGCCAGCCAAAUUUUCAAAGCAAUCAUUCAAUACCUGGUCGGCACAAACUUUCAGAAAAAGUCCGUCGUUAUCGGGUCGGCGGCCAACGCCGACAGUAUUCGCCAAAGUGGACCGGUUCUGUUUGACGCAGGUCGGGAACACAACUUGUUGUUCAAAAUGACGCCUUCGUCUGCCGGAUUCCUCCAACAACAGGCGAAAUGGUCUCUUGCCAGUCUGCAAAGCGAUUCGCUUGAUCAGUUCGACUCAUUAUUCAUUGUCAAGGUGGACCAAGUGCUACAAAUAUUCGAUCUUGUAGUUCGAGUCAACUUGCCAGCCGAGACAAAACCAUCUCAGGGAUCAGAUCACCGAGGCGCCAUUUGGGAAUUUGGCGAAAAGCUCUAUCGAAUUUCCAAGAGAGCUCUGGGCGAUCGAUCUCAACUUGUGCACCUCAUGGUGCCCGGAAGUUCCAAGUGGGCUGUCUCGGCGAACCCUACAACCACACACGAAAGCAUCCUUGUUGGGUUUGUACUGGAGCCAUCUCAUGCCACCAGAAAAAUGGAUCUCGGUCCAUCCGUUGAGCAGAAAGCAGAGGCGACCAAGUAUCGCGAGUUCUGGGGCGACAUUGCUGAGCUGCGCCGUUUCCAGGACGGCAGCAUCUUGGAGUCCAUCGAGUGGCAGUUGGAUUCGACCAUGAGCAUCCCAGAGCAAGUUAUCCGACACAUUGCAAAGAAACACCUUGCAUUGCAGGCAGAGAGUCUCAACUUUUUUGGCGGCAACAGCUUUUCAGCAAUUGCACACACUGCCAAUACUGAUGCGCAGUACUAUGCAGCUGCGAGAACUGCCUUUGACACGUUAGAAAAGGAGAUUCGCGAAAUUGAGGAUCUCCCUCUUCACGUAAGACAAAUCGCGCCGGCAUGCCCCGAACUACGCUACGCAUCAGUGCAUCCACCGGAACCUGGGAAGCGCUUACCGAUGGAUUUGAUCAUCUCUUUCGAGGCGUCAAGCAGAUGGACCGAUAACAUUGCAGCGAACCAACGCCUCAAGAUUGCGUUCCUGCUCAAGGUUGGAAGUUCCUUGACAGAAUCAAACCCAGAGAUCAAGACACAUGUUGGACUGGAACAAGUUGAUCAUGAUUCACUCAACCUCGCUUUCCUAGAUGUCGUUAAUGAAGAUGGUUUUGUAUUCCGACUCCGCUUGCAGAGCGAUGCAGACGAGAAAAUACUCGAUGCUCGGCUGAGAAACAAGCAGCUAGAGAAGCAUGUUCAUGCUGAUGCCGAACGAUGGCUUGCAGCCUACAAGCGUACAUACACAUAUUUACCGCUACACAACCAGGCGGUCUCGACAUGGUGUACAAGAUACCCCCCAUUGUCCGACUCGAUAAGGAUUCUUAAGCAUUGGUUCGGUAGUCACAAGUUGGCUUCACACUUUAGCGAGGAGGUACUGGAACUCAUUGCCCUAAAGGCCUUCCUGACCCCCUUCCCUUGGCAGACACCCACCAGUGCGACAACUGGAUUCCUGCGCGCUCUGCAGGUCAUUGCUCGCUGGGACUGGACGGAUGAGCCUUUGAUCGUCGACCACUCAGAGUCGAGUGUGGUCUCUGAUCGAUCUGCCGUGUUCGCCCGCUUCCAUGAAUUACGGCGUUCGGACCCUCGGAUGAAUCGGGUCGUCUUGUUUGUGGCAACAUCACACGAUGCGUCAGGCACCGCCUACACUCAGAGCGGACCAUCCCGAGUUGUGGCCAACCAAAUGACCAAGCUCGCUCGGUCAGCGUGCGAAUUCGUCAAGACCAAAGCAGUCGAUCUAGACCCCCGCAGUCUCUUCCAGUCGUCUCUGAAGCAUUAUGACUUUGUCAUCCGUCUCAACCCCAAGGUUGUGAAAAACGUCCUGAGAGAUGAUGGUGCGACUCACUCACGCUUCAAGAACCUGGAUGUUGGUCGUGGUGGCUCCAUCCUACCACUCGUGCAGCACCCAUCCAAAACGCUGGUCGAACAGCUGCGCGCAGUUUAUGCAAAUGCCCUGGUAUUCUUCCAUGGUGGUGAGGAUGAUAACGUGGUAGGUGCUUUGUUCAAUGUUGAACUGGGCAAAAGGACGAGGAAGAUUGAUAUGCCGUGCGCAUACAAGCCUGGAAGCGAUGGAGAUUCAUUGGAUGUCGAUCAAGCAGCGAUUGUUUCCGAGGUUGCUCGAAUCGGUGCCGACUUGAUCGAAAAGAUCGAGACCAAAGCCAACAAUUAG